AUGAGCUCACAGUCUUCUCUGAAUGAUAUAUCGAAUGCUAUCAGACAAGAAAUUAUACGAUUUGAAAGUGUUCACCCAAAUAUCUAUGCUAUAUACGACCUUAUUGAUGCAGUUGAGGAUAAAAAUUUAGCAGAGUCAUUGCGUCAGUUAGUUGUGUCAAUUGAAGACGCAUUCGUCAAUAGUCAGGAGUGGACACUAAGUAAUGCCGUUCCAGGCAUAAAACUGGGGCUUCUUGGUUCUGUUCAAAGUGGGAAGUCUGCCUUGGUACAUCGGUAUCUCACAGGAGCGUAUGUCCACGACGAGUCCCCGGAAGGUGGAAGAUUUAAAAAGGAACUGUCCUUGGACAAUCAAAGUCACUUGCUUUUAAUUCGCGAUGAAGGCGGCCCGCCUGAUCUUCAGUUUAGUCAAUGGGUCGAUGGAGUUAUAUUUGUGUUUAGCCUAGAAAACAUCGAAAGUUAUCAAGUGGUCUAUGACUACUAUGCUCGUCUUUCAACUUACAGAAGUACCUCCAGUUUACCCAUAAUUCUUGUUGGGACUCAAGAUUCGAAUUGUGAGCCAUAUGUGCGUGUAAUAGAUGAUGCUCGUGCUCGAAAACUUGCCAAUGAUCUAAAGCGUUGUGCUUAUUAUGAGACGUGUGCUGCUUACGGCCUCAACGUUGAACGUGUUUUUCAAGAUGCAUGUCUAAAAAUACUUCAAUUGCGUGCCUCUGGCAAUUCACCUGUUCCAAGACCUAUUACACCCCAAAUUUCAUCGAAUUCACAACAGAGAGCAUGUGCUAAUAGCCCUGUUGAAUGUGUGCCAAUCGUUGGAAUAAGUCAAUCACAACAGUCUUUGUUUUCAAAUGUAGUGAAUGCUCGUGAAGGUCCUCUCAUGAAAAACCCCGGGGUUAACUGUAAUGUAACUAAUUCAGUUACAAGUGGUAUCGAUAAGAAAGAACGCCCAGUGUUCCCCAAUAAUCCUUCGAAUCGUCGUCCUGAUACUCACAGCAAUCCUGGAUUUGAAUUUGAUUUCAAUGAAGAAAGUAAGGCUGACAAUAAUGAAUCUCUUACUCCUAGCAGUACACCAACACAUUCACGAAAGAAUAGACGAAAAUCCAAUUUAUUUCAAAAACGUAAUGAAGAUGAACGUGAAAGAGAGAAGAAAUUGAAUGGAAUCGGAAGUGGACGUGCAAUCCCACUAAAGCAAGGAUUUUUAUAUAAACGAACUUGUAAACCAUUAAGUAAAGAAUGGAAAACUAAAAAAUAUGUAACAUUGACAGAUGAUGCUCGUCUUACUUAUCAUCCAAGUAUUCAUGAUUAUAUGGAUAAUUCACAUGGUAAAGAAAUUGACUUAAGUAGAACAACCGUCAAAAUUCCCGGUGUAGCAUUUCGUCAAGUUGGAAGUCGUAUAACAAGUAAUGGACUGUUGCGAAGUCAAUUAAAUGAUGGUGGUACAGAUCGUCGGUCAACUGGCGUAGAUGUUAAGAAUCCUACUGAAAAUUCAGCCCCUCUUAAUGAUAAUUCAGCAUCAGGAGGCAAAGAUUCAUCAUCAGUGAAAAAACGUCAUAGACGUAUUAAAUCCAAUCCAAAGAGUAAUAACGCUGAUGGUUCAGAUUCCGAAGGUUAUGAAUUUCAAUUGAUAUCAAUGGAUCGUCAAUGGCAUUUUGAAGCGACUGGUCCAGAUGAACGAGAUGAAUGGGUUAUGCAUAUUGAACGUGCUAUUAUGACAAGGCUUCAAUUAAAUGAAUCAUCUAAACGUACUCGUGCUAUUGCUGCUACUGGGUGUACUACAGGAGUUGGCGGCACCAGCGGUUCCAACCACCUUUCCAAUGUUAGUGGAUUAGGUUCAGGGAGUGGUCGACAUGGGGAUUCUAACAGUCUUAAUUCAAGUCGUUGUGGUGCAGGUGAUGCUAAUGAAUUGGCUGUUACAGAGCAUUUAAUUCAAAGCAUAAGAUCUGCAGCUGGAAAUGAUUUUUGUGCAGAUUGUGGUGCACCAGAACCAGAUUGGGCAAGUCUUAAUUUAGGCGCUAUGGUUUGUAUUAGUUGCAGUGGUAUUCAUCGACAACUUGGAACACAUAUUUCACGCAUACGUUCUUUACACUUAGAUGAAUGGUCUACUGAAUCUGUCAGUGUAAUGAGCGCUAUUGGUAAUACAUUAGCUAAUUCUGUUUGGGAAGCUGCUGCGCCUGUAAAUGCUGGCAAUCUACGAAAACCAGAUCCUUCAAGUUCACGAGAGGAAAAAGAAGUUUGGAUUCGAGCUAAAUAUCAACAUCGAGAAUUUCUGCCUCCAUUACCCUAUCCUGAUGCUCCACUUCAACGACAGUUGAUUGAUGCAAUAGCUCGUCAAGAUACACGUCAAGUUAUACUUUGUCUAGCUUUGGCUACACCUGAAACAGUCAAUGCGGCUUAUUCACUUCAAGAUCCACGAGCAGCUAUUCACAUUGCUGCUACUCUCGGAAAUCUAGUUUAUUUACAGUUGCUUUUAUGGUACAAUGGUGAUCCAGCUGUGACAGAUCAUGAAGGAAGAAAUGCAUUCUAUUACGCUCAUUGUUCUAAAAAUUAUGAUUGCGCUGACUUUCUGUUACGAAAUAGUUGUCCAAAACAAUUGGUACCACCUAUCCCUCCUAAUAUUAUGCCCCCAACAAUUCGUUCUUCACAAAAUGUUAUGCCGCAACAAAUUGUUCAGUCACAUUCCAUAAUUCAUGGAUCUUCAAUAUCAACUGGGCUUUCAUCUGGUGUUGCAGACAUAAAUAUUAAUAAUAGUAUAAACUCAGGUCUUGUUCAACCUCAUCACUUUUCACAUCUCCAGCAACAUCAGUCCUCUGCUUCUGUUGUCUCUUCUGAAGUAGGAACUCACUUAAGCGGACAAUUACCUUCUUAUCAUCCCAUGACCACUGGUUCUGUAACAUCAAAUCAGCAACUAUCUCAAGUUGUAGGAUCAAAUCAUCCACUUGUGUCGGCUUCUGGAAAUAUGUAUACAGGAAAUGUAAAUCAAGCUUUAGGAGCUACCCUUCCUCGUCGGCGUGCUCCUAUAGGUCCAUUUCCUCCCGGUGCAGCACCUCCAACUCUCCAACCAUUUCCACGACCAAAUAUACAACAACAAGUAUCAGUCAGUAAUACACAUCGACCUACCUCUUCAGUUAUUCAAUCAGUUACUCGCCCUAUAACACCAAAUGCCAUGCUACGAACAUCCUUAGUUAGUUCAUCACAACCACCUCAUACACGUUCAAGUUCAAAUACUACUGCUACACUAUCUCAACCAUAUGUUUCAACUAGUCAAGAAGUUGGCCUGUGA